AUGGGUGAAUGGCAACAUGGAAUCUUUGGAUGUUUCGACAACAUCGGCCUGUGCAUUUUCUCUUGGAUCGUACCGUGCUACACCCACGGCAAGACGGCCGAGUCACUGGGCGACGACUGUCUGCUAUGUGGCCUGGCGCUUUUCGUGCCGCUCCUAAACAUCUACGCCCUGAUCACCACCAGAGGUAAAGUGAGGGAAAAUAAAGGCAUCGAAGGUGGUAUCGUUGGAGAUUUGUUGAUGAUCUGCUGCUGUGGAAUCUGUGCUUUGGUUCAGUCUGCUAAUGAGAUGGGCGUGCAGACACCCCUCGGAGCUGCACAAUCUAUUGCCAGAUCGUAA